GAACGCAGCUCUCUUAUAAACCAGCGUGUCAUCAUAUCAUCGUUGCUGUUUGUAGCUAGCUCAAGUGGAUCAUUGAUUGCAGAGAACGGAAAAAAGUGGUUCAACUUUAUCAAAAUGGCGAAAUUUCUGGUUCUGGGACUAGUUGCUUUGGCAGCGAUUGCCGCAAUCGAUGCUGCCUCAUUCGGUCAGUGUCCAGUGUCUUCCAAGGUGCAAACCUGUACCCCAAAGUGCUUGAGCGAUGUCGAUUGCAGCACUAGUGGAGGAAAGUGUUGCCCAAACACGUGCAACUAUCGAUCGUGCGUCAGUCCCAACCAGCUAACGCAGAGCGGAUCGGGUGGAUCAAGUGGAAACAAGUAUCAAUCAGGAGGUGCCGGAACAUAUUGCGGAAAUGUGAAGUGCAGUGCUCACGAGAAGUGUGACUUGGACAAGAGUACCAAACGCCAGAAGUGUGUACGAGCUUAAGCUUUAUUUGAUCGAGAACGAAUUUUACAAACUUUUUACAAAUAAAUAGACACUAAACCACAGAAAA